AUGGCACCAUCCUCGCACAGCGUUCCGCAAGCUUUAAGUCGUAGCUCCGAUCUGACGAGAAACGAAUCUUUGCCUUUCAAGAUGACUACAGGUCCUAUGCGAGUCGAUCAGACUCCCGACUCCAGCUCCGAAGAAGCUGCGGUGAUGGACGAAAAGUCCAAGCUGUCACAAAUCGAGAACGGCGUUUCCAAUGCGCAUACCAUCAACAUCGACCCGAUCAAAGAGAAAGCUCUGGUCAGGAAGAUCGAUUGGCAUGUCAUCCCUCUGGUCAUGCUGCUUUACCUCAACUCCUUUAUCGAUCGUGUCAAUAUCGGAAAUGCUCGUCUCUAUGGGCUGGAGGAAGACCUCGGCAUGCAAGGCAAUCAAUACCAAAUCGCAGUCUCAAUUCUCUUCGUUACUUACGUUCUCGGAGAGCUGCCGUCAAAUCUCAUCAUGAAGAAGUACGUCCGCCCGUCGCGGUGGAUCGCCUGUAUAACUAUGGGCUGGGGUGUCGUAGCCACAUUCAGCGGCUUUACGCAGUCGUACGCCGGACUGAUCGUCUGCCGAUUGCUGCUUGGUCUUACCGAAGCUGGCCUCUUUCCUGGCAUGGUUGUGUACUUGACAUUCUGGUACACCAAGAGAGAACUUGCACUCCGAACAGCCUAUCUGUUCGUUUCAGCGGCCAUUGCUGGAUCGGUCGGAGGCCUGUUAGCCUAUGGCAUCGGGUUCAUGGACGGCCUUGCCGGCUACAGUGAUUGGCGAUGGAUCCUGAUCAUCGAAGGCAUACCGACUAUCAUCCUGGCCGUCGUAUGUUGGUUCUACCUCGCCGACGAAGGACACACUGCCUAUUUCCUUAAUCAGGAAGAGCGAGAUCUCGUGCUUGCUCGACGCGCUGCUCAGACUGGAGUCACGGAGACAUUCAGCUGGGAAGACUCUCGCAAAGCAUUGACAGACUGGAAGACGUACUUGUUUGCUGUGACGCAGUUCUGCGCCGCUUGUAUGCUGUACAGCUACAGCACGUUCCUGCCAACCAUCAUCUUGCAGAUCAUGCCCGAGGCUGGUCGCGCCACUACACAGCUGUUGACAAUGCCAUGCUACGCUGUCGGUGCUAUCGUCUACCUUUGCCUUGCUUGGCUCAGUGACAAGAAGCAGACGCGUGGACCUAUCGCCGCCUCUUGUGCUGCAGUCAGCGUCAUCGGAUACGGUAUCCUGCUGUCAAACGGCCCACCUGGUGUUCUCUACUUCGGCUGCUGCGUGGUUGCUGCCGGUAUCUACAUUGCUCUUGGUCUCAACAUUGCUUGGCUCAACACCAACAACCCGAGAUACGGCAGUCGGACCACAGCGUCUGGUACGCAGAUCAUGCUGGGCAACACCGCUGGUAUCGUAGCGCCUUUCCUGUACCCUACGGAAGACAGGCCCCGGUUCGUCAAAGGUCACGCUACUAAUCUGGGUCUGGUGGCGUUGGGUGUGCUCAUCUUUACGUUCUUCCAUCUGUACUUCUCGUGGGAGAACAAGCAGCGUAGGUUGGGGCGUCGUGAUCAUAAGAUGGAGGGCAAGACCGAGGAGGAGAUUCUGGCCAUGGGUGCUGAUAACCCUCGGUUCGUGUAUACUACUUGA